AGCCUCCCCCUCAAUACUCUCGAGGCUGGGAGGGUCCUCGCUGUCCUUGGGUACAGUCCCCGGUUACUGCAGAACACUUCCAGCAAGUCUACCGCAUGCAAAGCGUGCUUCCUGCUCUCCCAGGGCUCCAGGACCUGCCUGCCAUCCCUAAUGUCCCAGCAGGAAGUUGUCGAAAGAACAAGAUAAUGGAGAGAGCAAGCCAUUGCAGUUAUGUCCUGCAACAGCUAUACAGCCAACGGGAGUGGGGAUUUCUCUGUGACUGUUGUAUAGCUAUUGAUGACAUCUACUUUCAGGCUCACAAAGCCGUCUUAGCGGCCUGUAGCUCUUAUUUUAAAAUGAUGUUCAUAAAUCAACAGCAUGCAGGUGCACAACUUAACCUCAGCAGCACAAAAAUCAGUGCCGAGUGUUUUGAUCUCAUCUUGCAGUUUAUGUACUUGGGGAAAAUACUGACCGCCCCAGAAGACUUUGAACAACUCAGGAAUGCCAUGAGCUACUUACAGCUGUAUGUGAUCCCUGGUAGCUUGGAAGAUAUACAAGACCUGGACAGCUCGAGUUUUAGAUGCUCAUCCUCUGCUUCAAGUAGUGUCAGUAGUAAAAUGUUUUUUGGAGUUCGCAUGUAUGAGGAAACCAUAUCGAAGAGUGGAGAGGAGCCCAGUAGAUGGACUUCGGAACCCUCUUUGUCAAUGAAUGUGCUACAGGAGAAGAAGGUUGACAUGCGGAAGCAGACACAUGAUGCCUGUAAGAAAACUCCUAUUUCCAAAGUUUCGAACACGAGGGAGCGUGUGUCACGGCGUUUUGGGAGAAGUUACACAUGUGACAGUUGUGGCUUUGUGUUCAGUUGUGAGAAACUUCUAGAUGAGCAUGUUCAAACAUGCACCAACCGUCACUCUUACCAAAACAAAGAGUCUUGUAGUAGCGACCAAAAUGAGAGAGAUUCUCCAAAUCCCAAGCUUUCUCCAUCUCAAGAUAACAGAUGCAAAGUAGAUUCAAGUCAAUCUAUAGAGGAAUCUUCAUCUUCUACAAGUACAAAAAACUCAGGAGUUAAGUUGGGCAAACCGAAAAAUUCAGUCGUUGACACUACAGUUAAAAAUCCAGUAAUAAUCAAAAUUGAGUCGGAUGAGAAUUCACUGGUUGAAAUGGAUGAUAUAAACAUUGUUAAAAUCUCUGAUAAAGAUUUCUUGGAGUCUUCCGAUAUUGAUGAUCUAGAAGACGAGCCAGACGAAUCCCUCAGUGCUUACUAUGUUGGUGAGGAUUAUAAUAAAAAUGCAAUUGAGUCAUGUAUAAGAAGCCAGCUAUCAACAAAUUCACAGCAAAAGGAUAUACAGUGCAGAAAAAAUAUGCAAUAUCUGAAUCAGAAAUUAACUCCAGAGGCUGACGAUUCAGCCGAUACAGUGUGUGAACUAUGUGGCUUAUCAAUUACAGAAGAGGACCUCUCUUCUCAUUAUUUAUCCAAACAUUUAGAAAAUAUAUGUGCAUGUGGAAAAUGUGGACAAAUCCUUGUAAAAGGUAGACAGUUACAGGAACAUGCACAAAGAUGUGGUGUAACCCCAGACCAAAUGGAAAGUGACAAUGCAAACAAUGAGGAAAGAAUACAUUUUGAUGAUCAUGCAGAGGAGCCUUCUACAGCAGGAGAUGUCGUGGUGGAUAUGUGGACGGACAUAGACGACAGCAACAUUCCAAAAAACAACAAUAUUAAAAAGCAACUCUAUAAACAUGCAGGCAGCCCUUUUCGCUGUCCAAACUGUGGGCAGCGGUUUGAGUCUGAAAACCUGGUGGUGGAACAUAUGUCUCAGUGUUUGGAUAACGAAGUUUACAGGAAUUCUGUUUUGGAUGAGAACGAUCGCGAUCACAGGAGAAAACAUUUUUGCAACAUUUGCGGUAAAGGAUUUUACCAGCGUUGCCACUUGCGAGAGCAUUUUACAGUUCACACAAAGGAAAAGCAGUUUUCAUGCCAAACCUGCGGAAAACAAUUUUUGAGAGAGCGCCAAUUGCGACUGCAUAAUGAUAUGCACACGGGAAUGGCUCGCUACGUCUGCUCGGUGUGUGAACAGGGCAACUUCAGAAAACAUGACCAUGUCCGUCACAUGAUCUCUCACUUGGCAGCCGGAGAAACUAUAUGUCAAGUCUGCUUUCAGAUAUUCCCAAAUAACGACCUUCUAAGUGAACACAUGGAUAUACAUCUGUACACUUGUGGAGUUUGUGGUGCAAAGUUUAACUUGAGAAAAGACAUGAGAUUCCACUAUAAUUCUAAGCAUUUUAAAAAAACCUAGACCGUGCAAGCACACCAAACGAUGAACACUCCUGUGGAUUGGUCUUCAUGUUUAAGAAAUAAAAUUCGAACAAUUUCAAGUUUGAAAUAUAUAUACAUGUAUAUUAUUUUAAUAUAUAUUUAUAAAAGUAUCUUCUAGCAGAAGCCACUUUGUUUGUUUGCUUCAGCCAAGGUCUUCUAGUAUGCGUUUAUCAAAACAGCCUACUUGCAUUGAUCUCUAAUUCUAUAUCAAUUCUAAAUCUCAAAGUUACAAAUAUUUUUUCCCAUAUAAUUGCACUCUUUUUGUAAAUGUGAUAUGAUCUUCCAGUUUCUAUAUGACUUUGUUACAAUAUGUUAUCUAAAUCUACCUUUUUACAAAGUAUUGAUUUAGCCCUUUUUAGA